AUGCCGCAUGGGUUCACAUGCCUCAUUCACAUGCCUCAUUCCCAUGCCGCAUGGGUUCACAUGCCUCAUUCCCAUGCCUCAUUCCCAUGCCGCAUGGGUUCACAUGCCUCAUUCCCAUGCCGCAUGGGUUCACAUGCCUCAUUCCCAUGCCGCAUGGGUUCACAUGCCUCAUUCCCAUGCCGCAUGGGUUCACAUGCCUCAUUCCCAUGCCGCAUGGGUUCACAUGCCUCAUUCCCAUGCCGCAUGGGUUCACAUGCCUCAUUCCCAUGCCGCAUGGGUUCACAUGCCUCAUUCCCAUGCCGCAUGGGUUCACAUGCCUCAUUCCCAUGCCGCAUGGGUUCACAUGCCUCAUUCCCAUGCCGCAUGGGUUCACAUGCCUCAUUCCCAUGCCGCAUGGGUUCACAUGCCUCAUUCCCAUGCCUCAUUCCCAUGCCGCAUGGGUUCACAUGCCUCAUUCCCAAGCCGCAUGGGUUCACAUGCCUCAUUCCCAUGCCGCAUGGGUUCACAUGCCUCAUUCCCAUGCCGCAUGGGUUCACAUGCCUCAUUCCCAUGCCGCAUGGGUUCACAUGCCUCAUUCCCAUGCCGCAUGGGUUCACAUGCCUCAUUCCCAUGCCGCAUGGGUUCACAUGCCUCAUUCCCAUGCCUCAUUCCCAUGCCGCAUGGGUUCACAUGCCUCAUUCCCAUGCCGCAUGGGUUCACAUGCCUCAUUCCCAUGCCGCAUGGGUUCACAUGCCUCAUUCCCAUGCCGCAUGGGUUCACAUGCCUCAUUCCCAUGCUGCAUGGGUUCACAUGCCUCAUUCCCAUGCCGCAUGGGUUCACAUGCCUCAUUCCCAUGCCGCAUGGGUUCACAUGCCUCAUUCCCAUGCCGCAUGGGUUCACAUGCCUCAUUCCCAUGCCGCAUGGGUUCACAUGCCUCAUUCCCAUGCCUCAUUCCCAUGCCUCAUUCCCAUGCCGCAUGGGUUCACAUGCCUCAUUCCCAUGCCGCAUGGGUUCACAUGCCUCAUUCCCAUGCCGCAUGGGUUCACAUGCCUCAUUCCCAUGCCGCAUGGGUUCACAUGCCUCAUUCCCAUGCCUCAUUCCCAUGCCGCAUGGGUUCACAUGCCUCAUUCCCAUGCCGCAUGGGUUCACAUGCCUCAUUCCCAUGCCUCAUUCCCAUGCCGCAUGGGUUCACAUGCCUCAUUCCCAUGCCUCAUUCCCAUGCCGCAUGGGUUCACAUGCCUCAUUCCCAUGCCUCAUUCCCAUGCCGCAUGGGUUCACAUGCCUCAUUCCCAUGCCUCAUUCCCAUGCCGCAUGGGUUCACAUGCCUCAUUCCCAUGCCUCAUUCCCAUGCCGCAUGGGUUCACAUGCCUCAUUCCCAUGCCUCAUUCCCAUGCCGCAUGGGUUCACAUGCCUCAUUCCCAUGCCUCAUUCCCAUGCCGCAUGGGUUCACAUGCCUCAUUCCCAUGCCUCAUUCCCAUGCCGCAUGGGUUCACAUGCCUCAUUCCCAUGCCUCAUUCCCAUGCCGCAUGGGUUCACAUGCCUCAUUCCCAUGCCUCAUUCCCAUGCCGCAUGGGUUCACAUGCCUCAUUCCCAUGCCUCAUUCCCAUGCCGCAUGGGUUCACAUGCCUCAUUCCCAUGCCUCAUUCCCAUGCCUCAUUCCCAUGCCGCAUGGGUUCACAUGCCUCAUUCCCAUGCCUCAUUCCCAUGCCGCAUGGGUUCACAUGCCUCAUUCCCAUGCCUCAUUCCCAUGCCGCAUGGGUUCACAUGCCUCAUUCCCAUGCCUCAUUCCCAUGCCGCAUGGGUUCACAUGCCUCAUUCCCAUGCCUCAUUCCCAUGCCGCAUGGGUUCACAUGCCUCAUUCCCAUGCCUCAUUCCCAUGCCGCAUGGGUUCACAUGCCUCAUUCCCAUGCCUCAUUCCCAUGCCGCAUGGGUUCACAUGCCUCAUUCCCAUGCCUCAUUCCCAUGCCGCAUGGGUUCACAUGCCUCAUUCCCAUGCCUCAUUCCCAUGCCGCAUGGGUUCACAUGCCUCAUUCCCAUGCCUCAUUCCCAUGCCGCAUGGGUUCACAUGCCUCAUUCCCAUGCCUCAUUCCCAUGCCGCAUGGGUUCACAUGCCUCAUUCCCAUGCCUCAUUCCCAUGCCGCAUGGGUUCACAUGCCUCAUUCCCAUGCCUCAUUCCCAUGCCGCAUGGGUUCACAUGCCUCAUUCCCAUGCCUCAUUCCCAUGCCGCAUGGGUUCACAUGCCUCAUUCCCAUGCCUCAUUCCCAUGCCGCAUGGGUUCACAUGCCUCAUUCCCAUGCCUCAUUCCCAUGCCGCAUGGGUUCACAUGCCUCAUUCCCAUGCCUCAUUCCCAUGCCGCAUGGGUUCACAUGCCUCAUUCCCAUGCCUCAUUCCCAUGCCGCAUGGGUUCACAUGCCUCAUUCCCAUGCCUCAUUCCCAUGCCGCAUGGGUUCACAUGCCUCAUUCCCAUGCCUCAUUCCCAUGCCGCAUGGGUUCACAUGCCUCAUUCCCAUGCCUCAUUCCCAUGCCGCAUGGGUUCACAUGCCUCAUUCCCAUGCCUCAUUCCCAUGCCUCAUUCCCAUGCCGCAUGGGUUCACAUGCCUCAUUCCCAUGCCUCAUUCCCAUGCCGCAUGGGUUCACAUGCCUCAUUCCCAUGCCUCAUUCCCAUGCCGCAUGGGUUCACAUGCCUCAUUCCCAUGCCUCAUUCCCAUGCCGCAUGGGUUCACAUGCCUCAUUCCCAUGCCUCAUUCCCAUGCCGCAUGGGUUCACAUGCCUCAUUCCCAUGCCUCAUUCCCAUGCCGCAUGGGUUCACAUGCCUCAUUCCCAUGCCUCAUUCCCAUGCCGCAUGGGUUCACAUGCCUCAUUCCCAUGCCUCAUUCCCAUGCCGCAUGGGUUCACAUGCCUCAUUCCCAUGCCUCACUCCCAUGCCGCAUGGGUUCACAUGCCUCAUUCACAUGCCUCAUUCCCAUGCCGCAUGGGUUCACAUGCCUCAUUCCCAUGCCUCAUUCCCAUGCCGCAUGGGUUCACAUGCCUCAUUCACAUGCCUCAUUCCCAUGCCGCAUGGGUUCACAUGCCUCAUUCACAUGCCUCAUUCCCAUGCCGCAUGGGUUCACAUGCCUCAUUCACAUGCCUCAUUCCCAUGCCGCAUGGGUUCACAUGCCUCAUUCACAUGCCUCAUUCCCAUGCCGCAUGGGUUCACAUGCCUCAUUCACAUGCCUCAUUCCCAUGCCGCAUGGGUUCACAUGCCUCAUUCACAUGCCUCAUUCCCAUGCCGCAUGGGUUCACAUGCCUCAUUCACAUGCCUCAUUCCCAUGCCGCAUGGGUUCACAUGCCUCAUUCACAUGCCUCAUUCCCAUGCCGCAUGGAGGCUCUGCUAGAGUCAGCUUCCUCAUAGGAGCAUCAGAGGUGGGCGAGUCGAGCAGUGGGCACGCUACGCUCUACACCAUCCAUGCAUGGCUGCUCGCACUGGCCUUUGGCGUGCUCAUGCCUCCCUCCCUCCCUCCCUCCCUCCCUCCCUCCCUCCCUCCCUCCCUCCUCCCUCCCUCCCUCCCUCCCUCCCUCCCUCCCUCCCUCCCUCCCUCCCUCCCUCCCUCCCUCCCUCCCUCCCUCCCUCCCUCCCUCCCUCCCUCCCUCCCCCAUCCCCGUUAUCAGAGGCUCUGCUAG